UCUCUCUCUCCCUCUCUCUCUCCCCUCAAGGGGCGAGGGGGAUCACAUGACUGCGAGUAACUGAUUUAGCCAAGUGGCUGCAACUCCAGAGUUUGCUGCAGAGCCGCCCCCUCCCGGCGGGAGCGCUGACGUCACGGAAAAGCCCCGUCGCGGGGACGCCGAGCACUAUAAAGGGCUGCCAGCAGCGGUGGCUUUGGGAGGCAGCACUGCCAGCGGAUACCACACAGCCGCGGGUUGCGGAGCCAGCAUCGCAGGCAUCAGGCAUUGCAGCAGGCAUUGUGCCGACAGACGGCAGACGUCCACCCAGCGGCCGGGUACAACCAAGUAAGAGGGCAUCGCCGAGCGGCAGUCCCCGGACCCCACUAUGACUCUGAAUAAUGUCACCAUGCGCCAGGGCACUGUGGGCAUGCAGCCACAGCAGCGCUGGAGCAUCCCUGCUGACGGCAGGCAUCUGAUGGUCCAGAAGGAUCCCCACCCUUGCAACCUCCGCAACGGCCACUGCACUGCUCCUGAAGACCACUGCCGGCAAAGCUGGUCCUCCGACUCCACGGACUCCGUCAUCUCCUCUGAGUCGGGGAACACCUACUACCGAGUGGUGCUUAUAGGCGAGCACGGGGUGGGCAAGUCUACAUUGGCCAACAUCUUUGCAGGUGUGCAUGACAACAUGGACAGCGACUGUGAGGUCCUGGGAGAGGACACAUAUGAGCGCACCCUGGUCGUUGAUGGAGAGAGCGCAACAAUUAUUCUCCUGGACAUGUGGGAAAAUAAGGGGGAGAGCGAAUGGCUCCAGGACCACUGCAUGCAGGUUGGGGACGUCUACCUGAUUGUCUACUCUAUCACAGACCGAGCAAGCUUUGAGAAGGCCUCCGAGCUAAGGAUCCAGCUCCGCAGAGCCCGGCAGACAGAGGACAUCCCUAUCAUUUUGGUUGGCAACAAAAGUGACUUAGUGCGGUGCCGAGAAGUGUCUGUGUCAGAAGGGAGAGCCUGCGCGGUGGUGUUCGACUGCAAGUUCAUUGAGACCUCUGCGGCUGUGCAGCACAACGUGAAGGAGCUGUUUGAGGGCAUCGUGCGGCAGGUCCGCCUGCGCCGGGACAGCAAGGAGAAGAACGAGAGGCGGCUGGCCUACCAGAAGAGGCGGGAGAGCCUCCCCAGGAAAGCCAGGCGCUUCUGGGGCAAGAUUGUGGCCAAGAACAACAAGAACAUGGCCUUCAAGCUCAAGUCGAAAUCCUGCCAUGACCUCUCUGUGCUCUAGGUACCCCGCGUCACCCAGAUGUCCCCCACGGGACAUCGUUGAAGGCCUUUGGGACCAGUGAUCUAUAUUAGAUUGACUACAUAAGCAUUGUUUGAGAUGGCUUCCCCGAUUGCAGAUGGGAAUCGACAGGUUAGCCUCAUGGGCAGCCACGCGCACGGGCAGGGAAUCUUUGUCAAGAGUCAGUAUUCUUAGAACAGCUUGGCCUGCUACACGGACACCUGGGACUCGUUUAGGGCAUGUCUGGGGUUCACAUGAGCUUUUAUUCCCUCUUCUAAGGGAAGCAGAAUAUCGAAACUUACCCAGAAUGCCUAGAACAGGCGUGUCUCAUCAUCGAAGUUUCGCCCAGUUUUGCUCUCUGUGAAUCUGAUGCCCUUGAGUCCUACAGAAACCUAGGGAAAGGGUGAGAGCUUGUGGGAAGGGGGGCUUUUCUGCACACGUGUCUCCCUGCAGGGGCAGAGCAGAACUGUCCCCUUCAUGGCUGUGAAGGGAAGCAGCGCUGGAGUUGGCUGGGUGGAGACGGACGUGUACUGACAGGGUUUGUUUAGAGACCACAGAGAUUUGUAGUCUUUGGAGCUGAUCCGUUUAGCACUUAGAGGUUCAAAAAACUGUUUACUUAUGUGUCUUAAACAAUUGUUUAUUUUGAGGAAAUCAUUUUCACCAAACUCUACCUAGUCAAAUCUUCUUUUUCGCUUUGUUGUUUUUUGAAAUCAUGGAGCUAUCAUAAAAGUGUUUUUUUAAAAAAUCUCAGCUAAUUGACAGCCUGGAGUGCAGAGUGAUUGCUCUUUAAAUAUGGUCAACAACUGUUUUCCCAAAGCAUAUAGCAAGGCCCCAGCCCUGUACGCCGCAGCUGUGUUCUAUUUAUUAUUAUUUUGCAAAUAGCCAUUUUAACAUUUGAUAAAGCAUAUUUAUGAACAUAUUUCUUACUGAGAAAAAGUCUGUUUUAUUACCUUUUUUAUCUUUUUCAAAAUAUGCGAGUUUUUACCUAUAUGUCUUAUAAUAAAAUAAAUAAAAUCUUUGAAAAGGAAGGCAUUCUGUUUUCCUCUCCGAAUGAGCUCAGUACGAUUAUUUUCUGUGGCUUCUAGAGCAAGCUGCAUUGCUGGGAGAUGGACGGAGACACUGCUUCUCCUGUCGUUAGUGGUGGCUCAGUCCGCAGCUGUUUCUUCUUUAUUUUGUGGAACCCCUGACUCCUGUCCUUUGGAAUCAUGGUCCGCAUUAAAGAAGAGGUAUUUUUGGCUGAUUGAGCUGGGAAGUAUUGGGGUCAUAGAAAGCUGAGCUAUAAUCAAAGCCGAUUGGCCUGUGGGCUUUUGCUUUGGGUCUGGCCAAUUCCUGAUGGAACAGAUGGGUCCGGCAUUGUCCCUGAGGGCUCACAGUCUUAGGCAGUGCUCAGACAUUGGGGGGAUUUAAAGCUCUCUCUGUCUCUCUGUCUCUCUCUGUGUCUCUGUCUCUCUCUGUCUGUUUCUGUCUCUCUCUGUGUGUGUUAGCUGAGGGCAGCGGACACUGAUGAUUUCCAGUCUGAGAUCUCGCCAGGCAGAGUUUAAAUUGUUUGCCCUCUCUGCCAAUAACAUGUCUCGGCCUGACUCCCAGGACACCUCUGCAAGGGCCGCAUGUGUCUCCUGUUAGAACAGAACCUGCUGGUGUUCCUCUGCUGACUCCUCCUAGACCCUCCUUCCCUGUCACCCCACUAUUUCUUUUUGAGGUUGUAGACACCCCAAUAGUGUCACACCCAUGGGAUCUCCUGAAUCAUCUCAAACUUCUGUAGUUUCCAAAGGCGUUCCAAGUUUUGUUUGGAAUUUCUUUUCCAAGUUGAGGGCAAGCGUUCCACAUCUGUCCACUUUAUAUCUAUGAAUUGCUCAAGAAAUUGCACAGGGAACUGAUAGGAAAGAAUCAGGUUGCGCGGGCCUGGGAUGAACUUUGGCCCUACUCUGAGUCAGAGUGUCUCUGGAUUGACAAAUGUUUCUAGUUUUCCCAUCUGCUAAAAGGACUCGCUAACAAUACCUUCUUCGUGAGGUGGCUGGGAGAGUCACGUUUGUUUCUGCUGUGCUGUGAGGAGCUUGAGAAAUGCGAGUUCUGCCACUCGUUGCUGUGUAUCCUUCUGUGAAGCUUAGAACUGGCUUCUGAUCCGUCUCUCCCAGUUCAGAUGGAAACUCGUUCCAGUCCGAGAUUGCCAUGCCUUUCCCUUCCCCUCGUGUGGGCUGGGACUUUCAUGGGUAGUUUCUUCUUGAAUUUCAUAGGUCUUUGGUGGCUCCACGAGGGAGGCGGAAUUACUCACAGCACACACACACACACCAAGCACACAUUGCCUACUAUACAUGCUGUGAACACAGCAUACAUACCAGGAAUGCAAACUACACACACACACAUACACACACACCACAUACACACACACUACAAUCUAUGCAUUUACACACUGCACACAUGGCACACACUACGUCUAUCCAUUUACACACUGCACACAUGCCACAUAUACACAUACAUACAUUAUAUCUAUGUAUUUACAAACUGCACGCACACACACACUACAUCUCUGUAUUUUCAUACUAAUUUUUCUCUGUUUUAAAACUCAGCUUUUGCCCAGCAGAGUGGUGGUUCACACCUUUAAUCCCAGCACUCGGGAGGCAGAGGCAGGCAGACCUCUGAGUUCCAGGACAGCCAGAACUAAACAGAUAAAUCCUGUUUUGUAAAACAAAACCAAACAACAACAACAAAGGCAACUAGCAAACCCCUCUUUCCCCUCAGUGGUAGAAUCUGACAGACCUUUGAGACAGAGCGCUGCUCAGCACUGUCAGCAGGCUCAGAGCUGGACCUAGGCUGGAGAUCCAGACUAUUCCAUGGGCUUUUGGUUGAGAGCUUUGGCUCUAGAGCCAGACAGACCUCGGCUUUGGCACACUACGGGACACUGAGAGUGACCCUCUUGAUUCUCUCCCAGCCUCGUUUUCCUAUCUGUACUACCAGGAGAACAAAUGCCUUGUGGGAUUUGAUGAGCCCCUUGCUACCUCCUGGGAGAGCCUUGAGCCCUCCCUGUGGUGCAUAGGCUCCUCCUCCCCCCAGGCUCCCUCCCUGUGGCCAGCAUAGGCUCCUCCUCCCCCCAGGCUCCCUCCCUGGGGUGCAGCAUAGGCUCCUCCUCCCCCCCAGGCUCCCUUCCUGUGGCCAGCAUAGGCUCCUCCUCCCCCCAGGCUCCCUCCCUGUGGUCAGCAUAGGCUCCUCCUCCCCCCAGGCUCCCUCCCUGGGGUGCAGCAUAGGCUCCUCCUCUCCUCAGGCUCCCUCUUUCCUUAUCACACACCCAGGCACUGCUCAGUGCUGGGAACAUGAUGACUAAGACAUUGUCCUUGUCCUCAGAAACCUCAUCCAUCAGCAGGAAAUCUGACUGUCCCCAGUGAACAAACAUGGCAUCAUUGGACAAGGAAGAAAAUAAAACAAAAUAUGGAGAGUAUUAUACUUGGAAGAGAUUGUGUUUGCUUCCCCAAGGUAAACUUCAAAUGAGAGAACAUCACAAAAAUGAUUUGAUUAGAUGUAAAAAAGCAAUCUGGGCUUCAAAAUUUAUCUUCGAGGGUAGUGGGGCGUUGGAGAAAGGUGAAUUCCUAGUCCAGUCUUGGUUUUGCUUAUCAAUCCAUGAGCUAUGAAAUGCAGGAAAGGAAGCAGACUGUGAGACAUUUCCUUGGCUAAAGCCAGGUGCUGGGGUGCACACCUGUAAUCUCAGGACUUGCGAGACUGAGGCUGGGGCACCACCUGGGCUGUCGAGCCAGACCCAGUGUAAAGAUAUAUAAACAAGAUCUCAGCCAAACUUAAGGAACUCCAGCUUAUGUAAGGUACUGUGGGACACAGUACACUCACGGUGGGACAAAGCAGCUUGCCUUCAAGAAGAUUAUGGUUCAUAAUGGCCGGGAGCCGGUAUGUGGUGAAUGUGAACAGCUGCACAAGAACCUGGCGUGUGAUGUGGAAGACAGUGACGGAUGUGUGAGAUGGGAGCGAGGGAGACAGAGAGACAGCCACACAGAGGGACAGACAGACACACAAACAGAGACAGAGACAGACAGACACACAAACAGAGACAGACAGACACAUAUAUACACAGAUACACACACACACAGAGACAGACAGACAGGAACUGAAGCAGACACAUAAACUCAUACAUAUACACAGAAAGACACAGACACACAUACAGACAGACAGACACACACGGACAGACACAUAUACACACACACAGAGAGAGAGAGAGAGAGAGAGAGAGAGAGAGAGAGAGAGAGAGAGAGGAGAGAGAGAGAGAAUAUGUAUGAGGAUGGUCGUGGUUCAGAGAAGGUUGCCACAAAGAGGUUGGGACAACGAAGCUGUGUAUGGAAGACUCCUUGGAGCUGCCAAGCUGGAAGAGCUAUGGAAAAGUUCCCCGUCUCUGAUGACAGGGACUCAAGUCCUGGUGUAGCUAGAACUGCAGCAGCGUCGAGUCCUGUUGUUUUAGCCUCUGAGCUUAUGAUGUUAGUACCAGCAAUGCUAGGAAACUAAGCACCCGGGUCGUUCAGAACAAGGGAUCUUAGUUGACCGAGAUCUGCUCUAUUUACCUAAAAGGUGAGGGGAAACGGCACUCACCGCCCAGGAAUAUGAGGCCCGAAUGAGAGGCCCUCGUCUUCUUUACUUACUGAUUCAUCUUCUAAGAGGCGGGGAUGGAGUGAGCUGGACAGAUAAGCUGGGGAGAAGGUGCAGGCUAUGUUGAGUUUCGAGCGGGGAAAUCAAGUGACUAAUCCCAAACAGGGCGUGUCCCUGAUGCCGCCUCCGAAGGCUCAAGGGUUGAGGAUGUUGGCUGGAAGUGGACGGAGAGAUUCACUUCCGGUGAGCGGCAGGACGCCCCUGCCUUGGACUGGAGGACCGAGUGAGGUGGCUUACGCAGGGGAGAGUCCUCAGGUUCAGAUGAGGCUCUCUUAGCAUGUGCGUGCCUCCUAGAGAGGACACUGAGGGCCCAUGGUGAUCUCUCACGUGGACCAGCAAAGCCCCGAGGCCUGGUCCCCGCGAGGGCCAGAUGACAGCACACAAGGGCACAGGGCAAGAUGAAGAUAAGGCGUGGCGUGAAUGGGCCAAGGGCAUGUCUGCACGACCUCACUGGAGUAAGGAUGCGGGUUACAGAUAGAGGACUGCUUGGAGGACAGGCACAGAAGACCAGGUGCCCCUGGACCUUGGGUGACUGACUGAUCCAAACCACAGGAGCAGGGAACUAUGUGUAGGGCACCUGUUCUCCUGGUCAGUGGAAGGGAAAGAAAUAUAUACAAACCAAGGACUUAGGUUUUCCAUAAAGGAAUAUAUACAGGUGAUUCUCUCUCUCUCUCUCUCUGUCUCUCUGUCUCUCUCCUCUCUGUCUCUCUCCUCUCUGUCUCUCUGUCUCUGUCUCUCUGUCUCUCUGUCUCUCUCUCUCUCUCUCUCUCUCUCUCUCUCUCCCCACAGAAUAGCUUCACACAUCAAUGAGUCAACCAGACUCUUAUCCCCCUCCACAUUUCAAUAUUUAUGUUCCAAAAAUGGCUUUCAGUAGCCUAAAGUAUUCCAGAGCACACUCAGGACACGGAGCAUCUUGGAGAAACGUCCCCUUUCGGAACUUCACCUACUGUUACUUAGGUUUAGUGGGGCAGCGGUCACGUAAGUAAACACUAAGGUUCCCCUGCAUCUUUCAGUCUAAAAGGAGUUUAACGUCUGGAUUUACCUCCUCUGAGGAAAAUCACACUGUGAGAAUACUGAGGAGGGUCCACUAGCUUCAUCCAGAGACCCCGUGCUGAUGGCUGACCUGGAGGAGAAAUGGCUCGCUUGCAUACGAUGUUGCUGGAUGCACUUCUGGGGAAAUGCGCAUCACCAAGGAAGGGCACAUCCGUGACUAUCAGAAAAUGGAUGUGGAACAGGCCGAGGAGGCAUUCAACUUAAGACAUAGGCUUUAACUUGGCUAAAAAAAAAAGCACAGUCAAAUAUAUU